GGUGUGGGGGGGCACAGAGAAGGAGGAGCAGGGGGAGGAGAACCAGGGGCAGUCCCAGAGGCCCUCCUCCUAGACCAGGACAGCCCAGGGAGGGGCAGCUGCCGGGCAGAGGGAGCAGGAGGGGGUAAGGGUAACGGAGGGGUCCAUGGAGGGAUGGCAGAUUCGGGGAGGAACUCCCUGACCAGCCUGCCCACGUACGCAGGCUCUGGUUCGUGCUACGGGCCUCAACCGGCCCUGGGGCCUCUCAGUGCUUCUACCAGCAAUAUCAACAGACUAGGGACCACAGCUGGAGCUGCAGUGGCUCUGGACAAGCUGGAGAAACCAGGCUACCAGAACGGGCUGAGUGCCUCGUACAGUGACCGCUCCUCUUCAGUAAAGAGCCCCUCGACCUAUCAGAAGCUGAACCACCUGGGGGACACCCCAGCACCCCAACGUCCCUCUCCUUCCUCUGAUGACGUCAUCCAAGACCUGGAGGACCGGCUCUGGGAGAAGGAGCAAGAGGUGCAGCACAUGCGUCGUAACUUGGACCAGAGCGAGGCCGCCACCGUCCAGGUGUUUGAGGAGAAGCAGCGCGUGUGGGAGAAACAGAUGGACGAGCUGCGGCAGAACUACGCCUCCCGCCUGCAGCAGGUGACCCGUCGCGCCCAGCGCUCUCAGAAUGCCCUGCAGGCCCAGAUCACCUGUCUGUCGCAGGACAAGCGGCGUCUGCAGGAGGAGAUAGCUGCCCUGCUGGCCCAGAGAGAGGAGCUGGAGAGGAAGUGUCUGCACUUUAGGAAAGAACAGGCUGACAUACUGCCACGCCUGGAGGAGACCAAGUGGGAGGUGUGUCAGAAGGCAGGGGAGAUCUCCCUGCUGAAGCAGCAGCUAAGGGAGAGCCAGGCGGAGGUGACCCAGCGGGCGGGGGAGAUGGUGGCCCUCAGGGGCCAGCUGAAGGAGGCCAACGCCCAGCUUAGGGACCGGGAGGAGGCCAUGCUGGGCCUCAAGAAUUCAUACAGCACCAAGAGCCUGGAGCUGGAGCGCUGCCAGGGAGAGCUGAGGAGGACGCUGACCGAGGUGUCUAUCCUGAGGGAGAAGCUAGGUGUGUUUGAGGCUGAGGUGCAGGGUCUUAAACAAGCUCUGGGGGAGAUGGGCGGAGGGGUUGAUCCUGCCAUAACCCAAACCCUAGCAGCAUGUGGGCUACUCCCACCCUGGUGGGCUCUCUACUGCCCCCGCACCCCCUCAGAGCCCUCGUCCACCCCUCUCACCCCCACCUCAGAUGCCCUGCUCAGCCUCCAGAGUGACGAGGCAAAAGCACAGAGGCAAGAGGUGCAGAGACAAGAGAGGCAGCAGCAUGAAGAGGCCCAGUGGCGUGACAUGCAGCAGCGCCAGGAGGCCCAGCAAUGCCAGGAGGCCCACCAGUGCCUGGAGGCCCAUCUCUGUCAGGAGGCUCAUCUCCACAAGGAAGCCCAACUGCGCAAGGGAGCUCAACUUCAUCAGGGGGCCCACUUGUGUCAGGACACCCACCUCUACCAAGAGGCCCAGCAGCGCCAGGAGGCCCAGUGGGAGGAAUCAGGGAACCUGCGAGAGCAGCUGGAUCAGCUCCAGGGGACCUUACGUCUAGAAGUUCAGCAGAGAGAGCGCCAGGCCCUUAGUUUUGACCAGGAACGACACACCUGGAUUGACGAGAAGGAGCGUGUGCUGAAAUACCAGGCGCAGCUUCAGGUCUGCUAUGUGGAGACCCUACAGAAGAACCAGGCUCUGGAGCAACAGGUGGGACAGCUGGGGGCCAAACUCACCCCCUCCCCCUCAUCCUCCAGCUCCCCUCCCACACCACCAGCCCUGUCAACCCUCCCUCCCCUGCCCUCAGUCCCUCUCCCUGCUCCCAUCGCCCUAACCCUCUCCCCACCGCCUUGUGAGAACAUGAAAGGUCCCCCUUCCCUCCUCCAGCUGCCCCCCCCCUGGGCCGGACCCUCACGCCUAGAGAGGAUAGAGUCCACUGAGAUUUAGAGAGGCUCCAUUUGACCUAAUAUCAACUUGAUUACAAACUACACAAUCAGAUAGGCUACAAGACAGAUUAAACUACAACACAAUUAGAACUGCAAUAUAUACAGUAAAAACAACCAAUGCAAACUGAACAGCAGAGAACCCUACAAUAGAGUUUAGACUAUGAACACAAACUAUAAAGAAUAUAAAACUACAGAAAAACAUCAACUGAACUGCUACACUAUAGAAUGCAAUAUAAACUACAGUACAGGCAAUGUAUUUUAAUAUUUAACCUAAACCACUCCAUCAUGUCAAUGAUAAAGUAUCCAUUGCUUACCAGGCAGUCUUGGUGGAAAGCAGUGACACUCAAAUAGAAGCAAAGAUGGCACCAAAAGUUUCAAGACAAUAACGUUGUAGUUUGAUUACGUUAUUCCUCUGGAAGGCUUGGUGCCAACCUGUAGGGUAGUUAGCCAAACUGUGUAUCUAUGGUAAUGAGACAUGAGGUCGGGAAAAAUACAUCAGAUUUAAGAAGUUGAUUUUAGAGGAUAAUCAGGAGCGAUGUUUUGGAGAAUGUGCUUGUCUUUGGUAUUUCUGGGGUGAUAUUUCUCUCAGAAUGUGUGUGAGGGGAUGGUGUGGAGACAGUGGACGUGUGGUGAAUAUUGGGGGUGAAGACUCACAAUUGGGUUUUUUUACGAGGAAAUUAGGAAAAUAGUGGUAAAGUUGGUUGGUUCCAUUUCAGUUCAUUUCCUCAACUGGCUUGAGAUGAAAUGUAGUUGACUCUGAGUGGUUCUUAGUGUAGAUUCAGGGUAAUUGGAGUGCCUGGCUCUCUGACACGGCAAACUGUCCACGGUGCAUAAAGAUGAACACAAGGGGUCAGCAUUAAGCUGUGUCGGGGCUAGAGCCCAACCAAUAUCGGUUCACUGAUAUUAUCUGCCGAUAAUGGCUUUUUAGCACUAUAUUGGUAUUGUCCGAUAACUCCACCGAUAACCAAUAUUCAAUAAAUAGUCUGUAAAAAGGGUAUCUAAUGCAUAUCUGUACACUUGCAGUCAUUCUCUUGAUGUGUCAUUAUUGUCACAAUGUAUGAAAUUAACAUUUGAAGCAUAGUUAUUGGACAAUUGCUCUUUUGGAUGGCAAUUUGAGAAUGAGAAUUCAGUCUGGGAAAAUUACACUCUUUCAUUUCCCUGCUGUAAAACAGUAUAUUUGCAGAUAUAUCGUAUGGGUAAGUUUUGCGCCCCCCAUAAAACAUAUUGGUUGGGCUCUUGUCAGGGCUCCCCACCAGCACAGAAAAUGGCUUGAAAAUGACUUUAUUCUGCGGUCUGGGAAAGAGACACGGCAGCACACUGGCUUUACUCUGAUAUUGCUCUUAUUUCUUUGCUUUUAUGACCAAAAGUGGGAGGAGAAGGUGACAGUAGUGAGCAGAAAGAUAAAGGAGCUGAAACUGCCUUCUCAUGUAAAGAUAGACUAGUAGACGAGUGAGAGUACAGCACCCAGCCCUUUUAAAUCAGCACGUUUUCAAAGUGAGAUAUAGCUCAAAGAGUUAGAGAGCCAGGCAAAGGAAGACAUUGCCUUCCCUAGGUAGGGUUCAGACUUCCUGCACUAUGUCCUACUGAGGAGGUCAGACAGGCGGUGGACUCGAUUAGAUGUGAAUAUUAUGGCUUUUAUGUGUACAUGUUAAUUCCAGCAUACCAAGAUAGUAAGACACUGCGUGUGAAUAUUUUUUUAAAGAUAAUUGUUACUAUUAUCAUCGUUAUUAUUCUUGUGAAUCGGCAGAGUGUUACAAGCUUUUCUUAAUAAAAACAAAACUGUUUAUAUGAAUGCUAUGUGGCUCUACUACAUGGUACAACCACAUCAACCAUAUCCAAAGCCAUUGUUGGUUUACUUUUAAUGUUGUUGAUAUCCAUGUAGUUACUGUAUUGGUUUAGAAAGCGAAAUGCCACCAAUGGUUUUGUAUGCUUUUUAAUUGUUUGUAUUUACGUUACUGUAAUGGCUUGACAAAAAUCAUUCCUGGGGCAAAUUAAACUGAAUCAAUAAAGAUGCAAGUAAAUCAACAUUA